AUGCCACCGAAGGGGCGCUGUCGAGCGGCGAGGCGCGGGACCGUCUGUGGCGAAGUGGGUCGCGAGGCCUUUGACGAGCGGGGUGCCGACGUGGCGGCGAGGCAUGCGGCGACCGGGGCGACGACGGCGCGCGGCCUCUCCCGCCUCGUCGACGCCGGAACGAGCAAGCUCGGCAUCACUCCCCUCGACCGCGCCGUCCGCUGCGGCCAUGCGGACGUUGUGAGGCUGCUGCUCCGCCACGACGCGAGCGUCGCGGCCGGCGCGGAUGUGGAUGCGGCGAACCACGACGGCGCGACGCCGCUGCAUCUGUGCGCGAGCGGCUUCACGCUCUUUGGCUCGCAGGCGGGCAAGGCCGACGUGGCGAGGCUGCUGCUCGGCCAUGGUGCGAGGCGGGACGUCCGCAACCGAGACGGGCGCACCGCACUCGACGUCGCCGCCGCCGAAGCCAACGCCGCUGUGGCCGCGCUGCUGGAGGGGGAGGGUGUGGAUAGGGGCAAGGGACGUGUCCAACGAUCGCCGGACGCCGCGCCACGAAGCACCCUCACCGAUUGCGGCGAGGCGGCGCGUUCUGCUGCAAAGCUGGCUCCGCUCUGGGGGGUACUACGCGAGUACGCCGACAUGCCACUCUUGCUCGCCGCCGCCGCCUCGCCGAGCGCGUCUGGCGAAGCUGGCACUGUGUGCGCCGACAUUGUCGGCCCGCUGCAGGCGCAAGUCGCGGCGCAGGCGCGCCAGAUUGCGGCGCUGGAGAACAAGCUUGCCGAGGGUGCUGCGCACAGACGAGCCCUCCCAGACUGGUACACCUACCUCUACGAAUACCACGUGUGCGUGGACGGAGAGUGCGUCCCCUUUGAUAACUACGCGUGCCCGAUUGUCGGCCAGUACAAAACCACGGACAUCAUGGAGUUCCCCGACAUUGGGACACCCAUGCCGGGCCCGUGCAACGGCAAGGUGUGCACGGCGUGCGAAUGGUGCCACGACGUGAGCAGGAAUGAGUUCACAGAAAUGUAA